AUGUCGACAACUGAAGCGAUUGUUCAUGAAUGGACUCCCCCGACGGUUUCGCUGGGAAGCGUGCCUUUGGUCACGCGGGCUCAAAGCGGCGGCCAAGAUAUUGAGGGCGACUUUCCACUGGAUCAGAUAGUAGUUGACCGCACCCAAGUCCACUCCUGUGACCGCUAUGGGGCUUCGGCCUGGACAGUUACUGCCAGAAUUAUAACCACCCUGGCAAAUGGGGAUCCUAAACUCUAUUUCCUCAAGUGUGCUGAAGAAGAUCAAGGAAGAGCUAUGUUGGAGGGAGAGUUCAAUUCCAUGGUUGAACUGCACAAAACGAGUCCCAAAUUUGUCCCAGAGCCUUACGCAUGGGGUCAACUUAGUGUCGCCCGCCCUGCCACGUAUUACUUCUUAUGUGACUUCAUCGAAAUGGACAACAAUGACCCAGAUCCCAUCCAACUCGCCACCAAACUCGUACACUUGCAUAAGACAAGUGUAUCUCCCACUGGCAUGUUUGGAUUUCACAUUGAUACGUGCCAGGGCAGUCUCCCUCAGCGAACGGCGUGGAACCCGAGCUGGGUCGACUUCUAUAUCCAGCUAGUCAAGGGGGCGAUGGCACUCAACACAGAAAAGAACGGCAAUUGGAAAAACUUGGAGCAGCUUGUCGAUCGGCUUAUUACGCAUGUAGUCCCUCAAGUGCUGGGGCCCUUGGAAGCCGAUGGUCGGGUUGUUAAGCCAACUUUGAUCCACGGCGACCUGUGGGAUGGAAAUAUUGGAACUAGCCUUGAAAAUGGGGAGCUUUACAUCUUUGACGCCAGCGUUUACUAUGCACAUAACGAGAUGGAGAUUGCUAUGUGGCGCGCAAGGUUCUGCAAGACGCUGAGCGCGAAGGUCUACCUCAAUUCCUAUCUCAACCGAAUGGGCAUCAGUAAGCCCGUUGAGCAAUUUGAGGACCGGAAUCGGAUCUACAGUUUCUACAUGACCUUACAUGAAUCAGCUUGCCAUAAUGGCUCGAGCUUCCGGGAAGAGUGCUAUGAAAACCUCAACUAUCUGGUCAACAAAUAUGCUCCACUUGACGAGGGAACUAGUUAA